AUGUCGAUUAUGAAGCUAAUUUGUUUUGCUUUUGUUAACCUUGCAGCUCCGGAAAUGAACAACGAAACCUUCUCUUCUUCAGAAUUUGUGCUGCACUGUUUAAUCGAGGCAGACCAGAGACGUUAUAUAAUCGCAGCCCUCGCCUUCAUUUAUCUACUUUCUCUCUUUGGAAACCUCCUGGUAAUUAUCGUCAUAAUUCUGAAUGACAAGCUUCAUGCACCGAUGUACAUUUACAUUGGCACUUUGGCGGUGAUUGAUUUGGCUAACAGCACAAUCCUCAUUCCAAAAAUGCUUGCUGACCUUCGAGUCCUGCACUCUCCUGUGCCUUAUGGGCUUUGCUUUUUUCAAAUGUCUAUUAUUUUGAAUGUUGAAGAGAUGGAGUCUCUCCUCCUCACUUUAAUGGCAUUUGACCGCUAUGUAGCUGUAGUUCACCCUCUGAGGUAUAACACAAUUGUUACAAACAAAAGAGUCUGGAUAAGUGUGAUCAUGAUGAAUGUCUUUGUCUUCUUGUUUAACUCACAAUACCUCUUUUUUGCACGAGAACUUAUUUUUUGUCGCACCAAUAUCUUACCGUAUUGUUUCUGUGACUACGCCACAAUGGUCCAGAUUGCCUGUACUAAUGACCCAAAAUACUUGCUGCUUUUGUCUGUCAUCGUUAUCAUUACAGGGGUCAUCCCUAUGGUAUUUAUUCUGCUGUCUUACAGCGUCAUUACAAUAGCAGCCAUAAGGAUUUCAUCGGCGGAAAGGAAAAAGAAAGCAUUCAGCACCAUCCUGACUCACUUGCUGGUCGUGUUCUUCUUUUAUGUUCCAUUGCUUACGUCUUACAUACUACCGGGAGCUGGCGUGAAGCUUUCUGAAGAAGCGUACAACACAAUGGUGAUUGUUGGCAAUGUUGUACCUCCUAUGCUGAAUCCAAUCAUUUACAGCUUCAGGAAUGAGGAGAUCAGAGGAGGCAUAUAUAGGCUUUUUACAGGAACAAAGACAGCUCCAGUAGUUAAAAGCCACUAA